AAUGGCAGCCACAAUAUGAUACCCUGGAUGCGCGAAAAGUUCAACGAGAAGCGCGCCAAGUGGCUAGCCCGCAAUAAGCAGCGGAACUCUGAAAACACAAACAAUGUCAACAGCGCCAGUGAUGUCGAGAGUAGUCUUAGUUUGGAUAGUGGUGCGUCCAGCUCCAUUGUGCGUACCACUGAAAUGGAGACGCAAACAGAUGGCGGUGCUGGAGGAGGUGGCUGUGUUUUAAGGACUCCAUCGCCGGCUCGAAGACGACGCAUACAAUUGGAGCUGCAACUGCAGCAGGAGGCGGCAAGAGAUCGGGUUCCAGAGCAGGCGAAUGCAAAAACACAUGCAAGGCUCACGUCAGCAUCGUCGACGGUGGUGACGGAUACGGAAACUGUGCCCAAAUCGGUCGAAACCACCACUGUGCGCGUUAUCUGUCCCAGUUCACGUGUGCUCAUCUUUAAGACGGACAUGAAUAAGCGCCUAAACGAUCUGAAGAGUGAGGUUAUACUAGAGUUAAGCGACGACCCCGAGUCCAUACAGCUGUUUGCGCCCGAUGUGCGGCACUUAAAUCCACGUUAUCGUCUCUUCCGUGCCGAAUAUUUUGGUGGCGAGCUUAAUGAGCAACUGACACUUGCUCAGCUGCAUGUACGCCCCAAUGAGACCUUCAUAUUGUCGCCCCGCCGCAACACGCUGCCGCAAACUACGACACGCAUACGCGAGGUGCCUGGCCCCAAUGAUGCGCUCAUUGAGAGCGCUACGCGCUUUGUGCCCAACAGCGCCAGCACCUUGCCAGUGAUUGACAUCAAUGAGAUCUUUCAGCAGUCGAAUAUACAAUACGAUGUACGCAAGGUGUUGAUUAGCUUAGCGCAAGCCUCGGCAGCGAUUAUAGGCGCCGGACCUUAUGCGCCACGCCUUAUAGCCAUGUUGAAGCAGCGCCUGGUUAAUCGACGCAAUCAUCAAAGAGACACCAUACAGUGCCUGGUGGACAUGGGCUUCAAGCGCGAGAUAGCUGAUCAUGCGCUUAGAAUUCACAAUGGCGUCUAUUCCACUUCGUUGGAGUGGCUAAUGCAGAAUCAAGGCGACGAUGCAGAUCGCGCACAGUCUCUAAUGAAUUUGCAGCAAAGCGUUUCCUCCAUAUCGCCAUCAACAAUUAUGACCAAUAAUGAGUCAAUAGAGAACACUGCGGCCUUGCUACAAAUUGUGCGCAUAUAUAGUCAUCGAGAUUCGCCCCCCAAUGAAGAUAUUGUGGAGGCGUUAACUGAAAUGGGCUUUGAGGAGGCCGCAGUUAUUACGGCGCUUAAAAAAACGGGCAAUAAUAAAGCAUCAGCUUGUGAUUGGCUCUGUGAGAAUCGCUCAGGCAGCGUUAUCGAGCUGCGCGAAGGAUUGGCGCCGGAUUCACCCAUACUUAAAGUAAUACUGGAAAUGCCGCAAGUGCAGAUGACGCUAAGCAAUCCCAAAACAUUUUUAGCCUUUUUGGCCAUUUUGGAAAAUGAGAAUGCAAUACGCGUUUGGCGCGGCGAUAAUGACACCACCUCAGUGAUCACACAUAUCCUGCAGAAGUAUCACGAAGAGAAGCAUGUAAUGGGCAUUAAUCAGUUCUAUAUGAAUCGCUGGUGAACGAGUGGCUUUAUACAUUUAAAUUCUAUUUAUACAAAUACACACACAAACACUUAGGCACACACAUAUACAUAUAUAUUUAUAUACAUAUGUAAUGAACACAUGUAAUGUAUGUUAAUAGUUAAGCGCAUACCAGCCUCAUGAAACAAAGCAAAAAAAUUAUAUAUUUAACAGUAUUUUUGUAGCCAAACCAAAAAAUAGUAAAAGUAAAUUGCACCCAGAGCCAAAAAGUUGCAAAAUGCUUUGCUUCGCGCACUCACCGGCUGCAAUUAAGAAACGCUUACCGAUCAGUACGAAUAUAUAUGUAUACAUAGGUAUAUGUAGGCUAUGCAAUUAGUUCUAGUCAAUAGCGAAGCUUUUACACUAACAAUUUCUAAGCAAGACUCGCACAAAACUAAAUUAAUCCAGCUACUAUAUAAAUUUUAACUUGAAUUUUUGUACUGAACUGCUAAAGUGUUUGGUGAUCGAGAUCUCUGUGCGUUGUAUCUGAGAGUUGUAGUGGCAAUAAACGCAACUACUGAGCGUAAAGUAUUAUUUUGUACAACAAAUAUUGUAAUUU